AUGGACCGCGUCGAGAGCGCAGGAGCCGGCCAAGCGGCCAGCUAUGUCGAGUCCGUGGCUGCUCGUCUUUCCAAAGCCCAUCAGGACUACUUGCUCCAACGACAUGGCACACUGGAAUUGGACCCUAUCCCAGGCAUGGGCCCGGACGAUCCUUACAACUGGCCGGAGUGGAAGAAAAUGACCAAUCUUAUCCUCGUGGCAUUUCAUGCCUGUAUGGGUACCUUCACCGCGGCGGCUAUCAUCCCUGCCUAUUCAGACAUCGCCGAGGAAUUUGGUGUUGGCUUGCAAAAUGCUAGUUAUCUGACUUCAUUGCAAAUCGCCAUCUUGGGAGGCGCUCCCCUGUUCUGGGUACCAUUGUCCAACCGCUUCGGUCGCCGCCCCAUCUUCCUCUUGUCACUCGUCUGCAGUCUGGUGUGCAACAUUAGCUGUGCCAAAAGCACUACCUACGCCUCAGUCGCUGCCUGCCGUGCUUUAGUGGCAUUUUUUAUCUCGCCUGCCUCGGCCAUCGGUAGCGCGGUGGUGAUGGAAACCACAUUCAGGAAAGACCGUGCACGCUACAUGGAUGUUUGGACCCUGAUGAUCUCUUUGGGAGUGCCAAUCGGACCCUUCCUUUUCGGCUUCGUCACCUACCGUACGGGUUACCACUGGAUCUACUGGAUCCUGGCUAUGAUCAAUGGUGGACAAUUCAUCCUGUAUCUCUUCUUCGGACCUGAGACUCGUAUCUGUCAAUUCGGCGAAUUUGAUUCCACCCCGCUGACCUGGUGGGAGUUCGUCCAACCUCUGACCAUGGUCCGCCACCUGUCCAUUCUCAUCCCCGCCUGUGCGUAUUCCAUGGUCUUCUUGUUCGGUAGUGUGCUUGCGACUGUUGAGGUGCCCCAGCUGUUGCAAGAGAAGUUUGAGCUGAAUGCCGAGCAGCUGGGCCUCCAGUUCCUGGGUGUCAUCAUUGGAUCGGUAAUUGGCGAGCAGAUGGGUGGUGUGCUGUCAGACCUCUGGAUGAGCCAACGCGCCCGCCGUAUCAACCGCAAGCCUGACCCCGAGUUCCGGCUGUGGCUCAGUUACUUUGGCUUUGCCCUGGCCAUCAUUGGUAUUAUUGUCUUCCUGGUCUGCACCCAGGAGUCACCAGCCGGCCACUGGAAUGUGUCGCCUAUAAUCGGCACUGCCAUUGGGGCAGUGGGUAACCAGCUGGUAACAACGGUCAUGGUCACUUAUUCCGUCGACUGCCACCCCCAGGAGGCCGCCAGCAUUGGUGUGUUUACACUGAGCUUUGGAACAUUUCCCUCCAUGCUCACCCAUUCCUCCUCGCUGCCAAUGCCAGCUGCCCACUACCAUGAAGAUUUCAACUAG